GCUCCGCCCCCCCGCGGGCUAUAAGGCGGCCGCGCCGGCCCCGCCAGACAAAGUGGCGAGCUGCGACGUGACUAACCUCCCGCGUGGGUGCUCCAGCUAGCGAGCUAGCGGCAGGCGAAGGACGGGAGCCGGGCCUCGGGGCCAGAGGAGCCCCGCUCGCCCGCCGCGUCACCCACACGCCCAGCGCCUCGAGCCGCGUGCUUAACGGGGUCUGCCGAUUGGUCCCUCAAGGAGUGUGGAGGUCAGGAGAUACUUGGAUUUGAGCUGCAUUUUGGAAUUCAUCUGUACCUAAAAUGCCAGUGGCCGUUGGAGGACCAGUUGGAUAUACACCCCCAGAUGGAGGCUGGGGGUGGGCAGUGGUAGUUGGAGCUUUUAUUUCUAUUGGCUUCUCUUACGCAUUUCCCAAAUCCAUUACUGUCUUCUUUAAAGAAAUUGAGGAGAUAUUCGGUGCUACCACCAGUGAAGUGUCAUGGAUCUCCUCCAUCAUGUUGGCAGUCAUGUAUGGUGGAGGACCUAUCAGCAGUGUUCUGGUGAAUAAAUACGGCAGUCGCCCAGUCAUGAUCAUUGGCGGCUGCUUGUCAGGCUGUGGCUUGAUCGCAGCUUCUUUCUGUAAGACUGUACAGGAACUGUACUUGUGUAUUGGAGUCAUCGGAGGUCUUGGACUUGCCUUCAACUUGAAUCCAGCUCUGACCAUGAUUGGCAAGUAUUUCUACAAGAAGCGACCAUUGGCCAAUGGACUGGCCAUGGCAGGCAGCCCUGUGUUCCUCUCUACGCUGGCCCCCAUCAAUCAGGCUUUCUUCGGUAUCUUUGGCUGGAGAGGAAGCUUCCUAAUUCUUGGGGGCCUCCUCCUAAACUGCUGUGUAGCUGGAUCCCUGAUGCGACCAAUAGGGCCCAAGCCAGCCACGACAGGAAAGAUUCACGCUAAAGAAGCUGGAAAAUCCGAUGCAAUGCAAGAUGCUGGUGAUGCAAAUACAGAUCUCAUUGGAGGAAACCCCAAAGAGGAAAAGCUGUCGUUCUUCCAAAAAAUUAAUAAAUUCCUGGACUUGUCCCUGUUUGCCCACAGAGGCUUUUUGUUAUACCUCUCUGGAAAUGUGAUCAUGUUUUUUGGACUCUUUACACCUUUGGUCUUUCUUAGUAAUUAUGGCAAGAGCAAACAUUAUACUAGUGAGAAGUCUGCCUUCCUCCUGUCCAUUCUAGCCUUUGUUGACAUGGUAGCCAGACCUUCUAUGGGACUUGUGGCCAACACGAAGUGGAUACGACCUCGAGUGCAGUAUUUCUUUGCUGCUUCUGUUGUUGCAAAUGGAGUGUGUCAUUUGCUAGCACCUUUAUCCACCAGCACUUACUCUGGGUUCUGUGUCUAUGCUGGAUUCUUCGGAUUUGCCUUUGGGUGGCUCAGCUCCGUGUUAUUCGAAACCCUGAUGGAUCUUGUUGGACCCCAGAGGUUCUCCAGUGCUGUGGGAUUGGUGACCAUUGUGGAAUGCUGUCCUGUCCUCCUGGGGCCACCAAUGUUAGGUCGUCUCAAUGAUAUAUAUGGAGACUACAAAUACACAUACUGGGCAUGUGGCGUAAUCCUAAUUAUCUCAGGUGUCUAUCUCUUCAUUGGUAUGGGCAUCAAUUACCGACUUCUGGCAAAAGAAGAAAAAGCAGAGGAGAAGCAGAAAAAUGAAGGUAAAGAGGAAGAAACCCGUAUAGAUGUUGAUGAGAAGCCAAAAGAAAUAACUAAAGCAGCAGCAUCUCCAGAGCAGAGAGGCACAGGAGACCCCAAAGAAGAAGAGAGUCCACUCUGAAUCUGUGGGGCCGAAGGGUGAAUGGAAGAGGUCAUGACCCAAGUCUUCUGAAAAUACGUGACUCUCCCGUAGUCUACCGCGGUGCUCAAUGCAGACAGUGGACAUUUAUGAGGAAAACUUACCAGGUGUUCAUUGAUGGAAUUUUUGUUUCACUCCUUACCAAUAGCCUGAAUUUAAAAUACCAUACUCUUCGGGGAGGGAGUGGUUGGCAAAGAAUGUGGGAAAGAAAUAGGGUUUUUUGUUUUGUUUUGUUUUGUUUUGUUUUAAUCUUAGCUUUUAACAGCGUCAUGAAAAUUAUAUUAUGUGCCUUAAGUUUUAGUCUUUAGAACUCUUUAGAGAGCCUUAACUUUUUAAACCCAUUCUGCUGAAUUCUGUUUUUUAAGUGUCAGAUUAAAAGGAAAAUAACAACUAA